CCACGCCUCCUGGUUUGAGGGGUAUCUGCGGCUGUGUGGCUGACGGACUGAGGUUACUGUGUGUGUAAAGAUGGCUCCCUUUCCGGACGAGGUGGAUGUUUUUACUGGCCCACACUGGCGAAUGAAGCAACUGGUGGGCCUUUACUGCGAAAAGCUGUCAAAAACCAACUUCUCCAACAACAAUGAUUUCCGCUCAUUUCUUCAGUCCCUGUGCGCCACCUUCAAGGAGUUCAAGAUGCACGAACAAAUCGAGAACAAGUACAUCAUCGACCUGUUGCAGCAGCGCUGCUGCACCGUGUACAACGUGCACUCCGACAACAAGCUCUCAGAGAUGUUGUCCCUCUUCGAAAAGGGGUUGCACAACGUCAAGAGUGAAUACGAGCAGCUUAACUACGCCCGGCAGCUGAAGGAGCGACUAGAAGCUUUCACACAGGACUUUCUGCCCCACAUGAAAGAGGAAGAAGAGGUGUUUCAGCCGAUGCUCAUGCAGCACUUCACCUACGAGGAGCUCAAGGACAUCAAGAAGCAGGUGAUCGCGCAGCACUGCAGCCAGAACCAAUGGGACUGUGCCGCCGAGGUGCUGAAGGGCUUCAGCUUGUGGAGCCAGGCGGAGGAGCUGCAGAAGGCCUUUAAGUACGCCGACCACGAGAAGACCGAUUACGACCUGGAAAAGAAGAGGAAUUCGUCAACCCACAUUUCCCAGCUUCCUACUGAAAUCAUGCUGAGGCUCUUCCAGUAUUUGGGCCCCGAACACCUGUGUCGCUGCAGUCAGGUGUGCAGCUCCUGGUCCGACUUGGCCAAGACCGGCUCCCUGUGGAGACACCUGUACCCCGUCCACUGGGCCAGAGGUGAUUAUUACAGAGGCCCCCCGGGGGACCUGGACCAGGAGCCGGAUGACGAGUGGGUGAAGAGUCUGCAGAACGAGGGGCGGGCCUAUCAGGAGUGGGACGAGGACGCCGACGUCGACGAGUCUGACGAGUCGAGCCUCACAACGAGCUCCCUGGCGAUCGACACCGCUCAGCGGGAGAAGAGGCUUCUGGACGGGAUCAUCCAGAACCUUCUCCCGGCCGUGGGCCCGUCCGUCAGGUCCAUCGUUCUGGCGUACAGCUCUACGGUCUCGAGUAAAAUGCUGCGCCAGAUCCUCAGCCUCUGCCCCAACAUCACUCACCUGGACCUGACCCAGACCGAUGUGACCGAUUGUGCGUUUGACAGCUGGUCGUCUCUCGGCGCUUGUCUCUCCCUGGAGCACCUGGAUCUGUCGGGGUGCGAGAAGAUCACCGACCACACCCUGAAGAAGCUCUCCGUGGGGCUCGGCGACCUCACCUCCUCCAGCUGCUUCGACCGGCGCUCGGACCGGCGGGCCAAGCUCCUCAAGAGCUCCCCCAUCGCCAUCACGCUGACGGAGGAGAGGAACCUGCAUCCGGCGGAGGCGCCGUGGCGGCGGCGGCGGCGCCAGGCCCUCGUUUUCAAGCCGGGGGCCGACCGCCCCCCGACGCAAGUGUGGGUCCUGAGCCCCUCGGACCUCGCCGACAUCGAGGACGCGGCGGAGUGGGGCCGGCGCGGCGGGGUGUCCGUCCCCGUGGAGACGCAGCUGGAGGGGAGCUCGUGCUGCUGCAGGAGCAGCGGCGGGAGGCGCGGCGGGCACAGGACCGGCUCCGGCGCCUCCUUCCUGCAUCAGCAGUACGCCAGCGUGCCGGGGGAAAUGUUCUGCGGUCACUCCACCUGCUGCGCCGGCGACGCGCCCCUCAGGACUUUUGCCGGGCCGCGGCGCGAGCCCGGCGCCAGCAGGAGCGGCGCCGCAGAGUUUCGGACUAAAUGCUCCUCUUUCGGGGGCCUGCGGUGCCCGGAGCGGGACAACAGGACUGAGCGGUCCGAGGCCACGCGCCCGCUGAGGUUUCUCAGUCUCUCCGGAUGUUAUCAAGUCACAGACCUGGGCCUGAGGGCCGUGUCGCAGCGGGGAGGGCUUCCUUUCCUGGAGCAUCUCAACUUGUCGGGCUGCCUCUUCAUCACUGAGGUGGGGCUGCGGGAACUGGUGUCCGCCUGUCCUUCCCUCAAUGACGAGCACUUCUAUUACUGCGACAACAUCAACGGUCCUCACGCCGACACGGCCAGCGGCUGCCAGAACCUGCAGUGUGGCUUCAGGGCCUGCUGCCGCUCCGGAGAGUGACCCGGCCUCCGGCGCCCUCCUCCAAGCAAAUAAUUACACCGCUCUCUUAUUAUUGCACUUUAUCCUGGGAAUACCGGUUUCUGUAAAUCUGUCACUUCAAAAAUGUUUCUGGAUGAAACUGUAAUUAUUAUUUUUUUCCUCUUGUCAUUUUCAUUUCCAUCUAUAUUAAAUGGGAAUAAUCUUCAUAGGAAAGGAAAACACAAAGGUGUAGUGAUGGAUUUGAAGUGUAUAUUCUCUUUUUCGUUGGGUUAUAAAAAAAUAAACUAGUGAAGCGUAACCAGCAAGUACUUUGUUUUCUGUGAUCAAACCAUGUUUAUUUUCUCACUGAGUUGGUUAAUUCUUAUUCUCCCUCUGCCAUGUGCUCUGUAGUUUGAUUUAUCCUCUCAGCAACAUGCGCUCAUCAUCAGUUAAUAAACACGUUCAUUUAUCGGAGAGGAAAAAUUAAAGCUGACGGUCAAAAUGAACUUUGUUACUUUGACGAUUGCUUCACUGUUGAUGUUGACACGGUAACCAUUCAAUUAAGAAAAGGAUGACCACCACGCGAAACCACCAACACAGAUUUGAUUUGAUUUAUUUUUUUAUUUUCUAUAUGACCUCCAAUAUUGAGGCAAAUAAGUGGACCAAUGUCCACGUGAGUCGGAUUUUUAAUACAUGCAUUUCACCGAAAGGGGAAUAAAUCCAUAUAAUAUAUAAUAAAUCCAGAAUAAAGACCUAUAUUCUGUUUGGGGAGCAGAACAUAAUAUAUAUAUAUAAAAAAAAAAUUGACCCUACAUAUUUUGACUUUUUUCACAAUAUUUUUUUCCCAUGACAUGACUGGAAUGAUCUUAGAUGGAGCAACCUACACGUCCCUGUCACUAAUGCCAAAUGCCCCAAAUUUCUGUACUUUAAACCGUAUCUGGGUUCAACCCUCAAGGGACAUGGUGGCUCUUCCUAAAUCCUUUUUUAGUUUUGGGUAACUGACAUUUAUAAAAAAUCAUAAUGGGAUAUUGCCCCAGAGACGGAUUGGUGCAUCUUGGAGGAUCAACCAUGCUUUUCAUCCUUCCUGCAUUGGUAAAGGCUCCUUCUUGCACCCCUACACUACCAGUCCUGGUCACAUUUUGGCAACUUUGAUUCUCCUAUUUAACCUUGAGCAUGUGAGUUAAACUUUAAAACUCUUUUAAAUGCUAUUUCCACAUCUGGGCUUGAACCCACAGCCUUCAAGUGCAGUGCAGGCUUAUGUCAGCAGCUCUUCCUCUGUGCUACUUCACCACACACUAACCAACCCUUUGAUUGUUGUAUUUAACCUUGAGAUUGCUACUCAAAACUGAAGUAAAGCCAAAGGCUCAAACCCAAGACUGGGCUUGAACCCACAACCUACAGGGCAAGGAUUGCUACUCAAACCUCAAAACUCUUUCAAAGCAGAAGUGAUGUCUGCAUGAAGGGGCAUGAACCCACAACCUCAGACAGCAGGUUGGAGCCUGCAGCCCUUCAGUUGUUCCCUUGUGCUAUUCAAGCACAUGCCUCAUUGGGUCCGUUUCUCAUAUUAGACCUUGGGAUUGUUUACUAAACCUCAAAACUGUUUCAAAGUUUACAGUUUGAAGCCCUGACUGCAACCAAACCCUCCUUCUGAGAGAGCAGGUUUGAACUGAGGAUCCUCCACACUUCAGCCUUCCUGCUAUCUCCCUGCACUGUUCCACCACACACCUGUUGAUGCUUUUGAAUCCAACCUCAAUUCUCAUAGAUUCUCAGGCUGGAAUCCACAACCGUUCCAUACCGUUAUAAUAGAAUUGCAGGUCAAGUAAAGUCAUAUAAUGGCAUUUCUAAUAAAGCCCUAGUUGAUUUCACUACU